AUGAGAACAUUACAAAAAGCCACUUUAACAGCUAAUAAACAAAAAUCAUGUACUAAAGUGAUCUUUUCACCGAGGCAAAUAUUAAUUAUUUGGGAAAAACGACAAGCUACAACUAAUACAUCAUCAAAUGUAGUUGGUGGUAAUGCUACCAUACAAAUGAAUACAACAUCAGCUGAUGUAAUUAAUACAACUGAUUUUUCUAAUUCAUUUAUUACAACAUAUAAUUCAAGCAUUCAAUCAAAUGAUACAAUACAAUUAUUCGACUUACAAGCUGGACCAACUACUACUACUACUACUAAUACUACUACUACCUCCAUCACACCUGCCUCACAAUCAGCACCAAUCGAUUCCAGCACAACUCCCACUAUCACCAACCUCACAACUACAACUGGUCCAACUGCAUCUACUCUAACUCCAUCCACCGCAUCAACCACCACUAAUCCCAACAUUACCACCAUCACUCUAUCCACUACACCGUCCACAUCUAUCAACACGUCCACAUCAUCGACCAGCAUCACAACUCCACCAGUCACACUGAACGCAACCACUCUCCCAACCACCCUCAACACCGCAACCACAAACACCACUACUCUCACAAAUACACUCAACGCAACAACAACAACAACAGCAACUACUACUACCACUACUAAUACUACUACUACUACCUCCAUCACACCUGCCUCACAAUCAGCACCAAUCGAUUCCAGCACAACUCCCACUAUCACCAACCUCACAACUACAACUGGUCCAACUGCAUCUACUCUAACUCCAUCCACCGCAUCAACCACCACUAAUCCCAACAUUACCACCAUCACUCUAUCCACUACACCGUCCACAUCUAUCAACACGUCCACAUCAUCGACCAGCAUCACAACUCCACCAGUCACACUGAACGCAACCACUCUCCCAACCACCCUCAACACCGCAACCACAAACACCACUACUCUCACAAAUACACUCAACGCAACAACAACAACAACAACAGCAACUACUACUACUACUAAUACUAAUACUACCAGUACCUCCAUCACACCUGCCUCACAAUCAGCACCAAUCGAUUCCAGCACAACUCCCACUAUCACCAACCUCACAACUACAACUGGUCCAACUGCAUCUACUCUAACUCCAUCCACCGCAUCAACCACCACUAAUCCCAACAUUACCACCAUCACUCUAUCCACUACACCGUCCACAUCUAUCAACACGUCCACAUCAUCGACCAGCAUCACAACUCCACCAGUCACACUGAACGCAACCACUCUCCCAACCACCCUCAACACCGCAACCACAAACACCACUACUCUCACAAAUACCCUCAACGCAACAACAACAACAACAGCAACUACUACUACCACUACUAAUACUACUACUACUACCUCCAUCACACCUGCCUCACAAUCAGCACCAAUCGAUUCCAGCACAACUCCCACUAUCACCAACCUCACAACUACAACUGGUCCAACUGCAUCUACUCUAACUCCAUCCACCGCAUCAACCACCACUAAUCCCAACAUUACCACCAUCACUCUAUCCACUACACCGUCCACAUCUAUCAACACGUCCACAUCAUCGACCAGCAUCACAACUCCACCAGUCACACUGAACGCAACCACUCUCCCAACCACCCUCAACACCGCAACCACAAACACCACUACUCUCACAAAUACACUCAACGCAACAACAACAACAACAGCAACUACUACUACCACUACUAAUACUACUACUACUACCUCCAUCACACCUGCCUCACAAUCAGCACCAAUCGAUUCCAGCACAACUCCCACUAUCACCAACCUCACAACUACAACUGGUCCAACUGCAUCUACUCUAACUCCAUCCACCGCAUCAACCACCACUAAUCCCAACAUUACCACCAUCACUCUAUCCACUACACCGUCCACAUCUAUCAACACGUCCACAUCAUCGACCAGCAUCACAACUCCACCAGUCACACUGAACGCAACCACUCUCCCAACCACCCUCAACACCGCAACCACAAACACCACUACUCUCACAAAUACACUCAACGCAACAACAACAACAACAGCAACUACUACUACCACUACUAAUACUACUACUACUACCUCCAUCACACCUGCCUCACAAUCAGCACCAAUCGAUUCCAGCACAACUCCCACUAUCACCAACCUCACAACUACAACUGGUCCAACUGCAUCUACUCUAACUCCAUCCACCGCAUCAACCACCACUAAUCCCAACAUUACCACCAUCACUCUAUCCACUACACCGUCCACAUCUAUCAACACGUCCACAUCAUCGACCAGCAUCACAACUCCACCAGUCACACUGAACGCAACCACUCUCCCAACCACCCUCAACACCGCAACCACAAACACCACUACUCUCACAAAUACACUCAACGCAACAACAACAACAACAGCAACUACUACUACCACUACUAAUACUACUACUACCUCCAUCACACCUGCCUCACAAUCAGCACCAAUCGAUUCCAGCACAACUCCCACUAUCACCAACCUCACAACUACAACUGGUCCAACUGCAUCUACUCUAACUCCAUCCACCGCAUCAACCACCACUAAUCCCAACAUUACCACCAUCACUCUAUCCACUACACCGUCCACAUCUAUCAACACGUCCACAUCAUCGACCAGCAUCACAACUCCACCAGUCACACUGAACGCAACCACUCUCCCAACCACCCUCAACACCGCAACCACAAACACCACUACUCUCACAAAUACACUCAACGCAACAACAACAACAACAGCAACUACUACUACCACUACUAAUACUACUACUACUACCUCCAUCACACCUGCCUCACAAUCAGCACCAAUCGAUUCCAGCACAACUCCCACUAUCACCAACCUCACAACUACAACUGGUCCAACUGCAUCUACUCUAACUCCAUCCACCGCAUCAACCACCACUAAUCCCAACAUUACCACCAUCACUCUAUCCACUACACCGUCCACAUCUAUCAACACGUCCACAUCAUCGACCAGCAUCACAACUCCACCAGUCACACUGAACGCAACCACUCUCCCAACCACCCUCAACACCGCAACCACAAACACCACUACUCUCACAAAUACACUCAACGCAACAACAACAACAACAGCAACUACUACUACCACUACUAAUACUACUACUACUACCUCCAUCACACCUGCCUCACAAUCAGCACCAAUCGAUUCCAGCACAACUCCCACUAUCACCAACCUCACAACUACAACUGGUCCAACUGCAUCUACUCUAACUCCAUCCACCGCAUCAACCACCACUAAUCCCAACAUUACCACCAUCACUCUAUCCACUACACCGUCCACAUCUAUCAACACGUCCACAUCAUCGACCAGCAUCACAACUCCACCAGUCACACUGAACGCAACCACUCUCCCAACCACCCUCAACACCGCAACCACAAACACCACUACUCUCACAAAUACACUCAACGCAACAACAACAACAACAGCAACUACUACUACCACUACUAAUACUACUACUACUACCUCCAUCACACCUGCCUCACAAUCAGCACCAAUCGAUUCCAGCACAACUCCCACUAUCACCAACCUCACAACUACAACUGGUCCAACUGCAUCUACUCUAACUCCAUCCACCGCAUCAACCACCACUAAUCCCAACAUUACCACCAUCACUCUAUCCACUACACCGUCCACAUCUAUCAACACGUCCACAUCAUCGACCAGCAUCACAACUCCACCAGUCACACUGAACGCAACCACUCUCCCAACCACCCUCAACACCGCAACCACAAACACCACUACUCUCACAAAUACACUCAACGCAACAACAACAACAACAGCAACUACUACUACCACUACUAAUACUACUACUACUACCUCCAUCACACCUGCCUCACAAUCAGCACCAAUCGAUUCCAGCACAACUCCCACUAUCACCAACCUCACAACUACAACUGGUCCAACUGCAUCUACUCUAACUCCAUCCACCGCAUCAACCACCACUAAUCCCAACAUUACCACCAUCACUCUAUCCACUACACCGUCCACAUCUAUCAACACGUCCACAUCAUCGACCAGCAUCACAACUCCACCAGUCACACUGAACGCAACCACUCUCCCAACCACCCUCAACACCGCAACCACAAACACCACUACUCUCACAAAUACACUCAACGCAACAACAACAACAACAGCAACUACUACUACUACCUCCAUCACACCUGCCUCACAAUCAGCACCAAUCGAUUCCAGCACAACUCCCACUAUCACCAACCUCACAACUACAACUGGUCCAACUGCAUCUACUCUAACUCCAUCCACCGCAUCAACCACCACUAAUCCCAACAUUACCACCAUCACUCUAUCCACUACACCGUCCACAUCUAUCAACACGUCCACAUCUAUCAACACGUCCACAUCAUCGACCAGCAUCACAACUCCACCAGUCACACUGAACGCAACCACUCUCCCAACCACCCUCAACACCGCAACCACAAACACCACUACUCUCACAAAUACACUCAACGCAACAACAACAACAACAGUAACUACUACUACCACUACUAAUACUACUACUACUACCUCCAUCACACCUGCCUCACAAUCAGCACCAAUCGAUUCCAGCACAACUCCCACUAUCACCAACCUCACAACUACAACUGGUCCAACUGCAUCUACUCUAACUCCAUCCACCGCAUCAACCACCACUAAUCCCAACAUUACCACCAUCACUCUAUCCACUACACCGUCCACAUCUAUCAACACGUCCACAUCAUCGACCAGCAUCACAACUCCACCAGUCACACUGAACGCAACCACUCUCCCAACCACCCUCAACACCGCAACCACAAACACCACUACUCUCACAAAUACACUCAACGCAACAACAACAACAACAGCAACUACUACUACCACUACUAAUACUACUACUACUACCUCCAUCACACCUGCCUCACAAUCAGCACCAAUCGAUUCCAGCACAACUCCCACUAUCACCAACCUCACAACUACAACUGGUCCAACUGCAUCUACUCUAACUCCAUCCACCGCAUCAACCACCACUAAUCCCAACAUUACCACCAUCACUCUAUCCACUACACCGUCCACAUCUAUCAACACGUCCACAUCAUCGACCAGCAUCACAACUCCACCAGUCACACUGAACGCAACCACUCUCCCAACCACCCUCAACACCGCAACCACAAACACCACUACUCUCACAAAUACACUCAACGCAACAACAACAACAACAGCAACUACUACUACCACUACUAAUACUACUACUACCUCCAUCACACCUGCCUCACAAUCAGCACCAAUCGAUUCCAGCACAACUCCCACUAUCACCAACCUCACAACUACAACUGGUCCAACUGCAUCUACUCUAACUCCAUCCACCGCAUCAACCACCACUAAUCCCAACAUUACCACCAUCACUCUAUCCACUACACCCAUCACAACUCCACCAGUCACACUGAACGCAACCACUCUCCCAACCACCCUCAACACCGCAACCACAAACACCACUACUCUCACAAAUACACUCAACGCAACAACAACAACAACAGCAACUACUACUACCACUACUAAUACUACUACUACUACCUCCAUCACACCUGCCUCACAAUCAGCACCAAUCGAUUCCAGCACAACUCCCACUAUCACCAACCUCACAACUACAACUGGUCCAACUGCAUCUACUCUAACUCCAUCCACCGCAUCAACCACCACUAAUCCCAACAUUACCACCAUCACUCUAUCCACUACACCGUCCACAUCUAUCAACACGUCCACAUCAUCGACCAGCAUCACAACUCCACCAGUCACACUGAACGCAACCACUCUCCCAACCACCCUCAACACCGCAACCACAAACACCACUACUCUCACAAAUACACUCAACGCAACAACAACAACAACAGCAACUACUACUACCACUACUAAUACUACUACUACCUCCAUCACACCUGCCUCACAAUCAGCACCAAUCGAUUCCAGCACAACUCCCACUACCACAAAUCACACAACUUCAAGUGGCUUGGCUCUCUUCACAUCAAUUGUGGUUACUUCAUCAUUUUCUCUUCCCAGUAGUUAUUCAGAUACAGCGACAACAAUGAACUAUCAGCUACAAACAACUGAACGAACAAGAACGGCAAAUCAAACAGAGAUCAAUUAUACAACGAAUACAAUAAAUUCAUUACCACUAACACAUUCAAUAUCCAACACAACAUUCACAACACUACCACUGUCCUCUGUAGUGACAACCAAUGCGUCCGAUUCCCAAUUCAACGGAUCUACAUCACAACUACCAACAUCGAAUCACAUUAAUUACACAACGUCAUCAACAACACAGUCCUCCACACUAACAACAUCACCGUCGGACACCUACACAGAUACAUCAACUCCACACUCACUACCAUCUGUCACACCAUCAACAACAUACACUCUCUCACAAACCACUCACUCGCCAACUACAACUACUUCACUACCACUCACACUUUCAACAUCCAACACAACAUUCACAACACUACCACUGUCCUCUGUAGUGACAACCAAUGCGUCCGAUUCCCAAUUCAACGGAUCUACAUCACAACUACCAACAUCGAAUCACAUUAAUUACACAACGUCAUCAACAACACAGUCCUCCACACUAACAACAUCACCGUCGGACACCUACACAGAUACAUCAACUCCACACUCACUACCAUCUGUCACACCAUCAACAACAUACACUCUCUCACAAACCACUCACUCGCCAACUACAACUACUUCACUACCACUCACACUUUCAACAUCCAACACAACAUUCACAACACUACCACUGUCCUCUGUAGUGACAACCAAUGCGUCCGAUUCCCAAUUCAACGGAUCUACAUCACAACUACCAACAUCGAAUCACAUUAAUUACACAACGUCAUCAACAACACAGUCCUCCACACUAACACCAUCACCGUCGGACACCUACACAGAUACAUCAACUCCACACUCACUACCAUCUGUCACACCAUCAACAACAUACACUCUCUCACAAACCACUCACUCGCCAACUACAACUACUUCACUACCACUCACACUUUCAACAUCCAACACAACAUUCACAACACUACCACUGUCCUCUGUAGUGACAACCAAUGCGUCCGAUUCCCAAUUCAACGGAUCUACAUCACAACUACCAACAUCGAAUCACAUUAAUUACACAACGUCAUCAACAACACAGUCCUCCACACUAACAACAUCACCGUCGGACACCUACACAGAUACAUCAACUCCACACUCACUACCAUCUGUCACACCAUCAACAACAUACACUCUCUCACAAACCACUCACUCGCCAACUACAACUACUUCACUACCACUCACACUUUCAACAUCCAACACAACAUUCACAACACUACCACUGUCCUCUGUAGUGACAACCAAUGCGUCCGAUUCCCAAUUCAACGGAUCUACAUCACAACUACCAACAUCGAAUCACAUUAAUUACACAACGUCAUCAACAACACAGUCCUCCACACUAACAACAUCACCGUCGGACACCUACACAGAUACAUCAACUCCACACUCACUACCAUCUGUCACACCAUCAACAACAUACACUCUCUCACAAACCACUCACUCGCCAACUACAACUACUUCACUACCACUCACACUUUCAACAUCCAACACAACAUUCACAACACUACCACUGUCCUCUGUAGUGACAACCAAUGCGUCCGAUUCCCAAUUCAACGGAUCUACAUCACAACUACCAACAUCGAAUCACAUUAAUUACACAACGUCAUCAACAACACAGUCCUCCACACUAACAACAUCACCGUCGGACACCUACACAGAUACAUCAACUCCACACUCACUACCAUCUGUCACACCAUCAACAACAUACACUCUCUCACAAACCACUCACUCGCCAACUACAACUACUUCACUACCACUCACACUUUCAACAUCCAACACAACAUUCACAACACUACCACUGUCCUCUGUAGUGACAACCAAUGCGUCCGAUUCCCAAUUCAACGGAUCUACAUCACAACUACCAACAUCGAAUCACAUUAAUUACACAACGUCAUCAACAACACAGUCCUCCACACUAACACCAUCACCGUCGGACACCUACACAGAUACAUCAACUCCACACUCACUACCAUCUGUCACACCAUCAACAACAUACACUCUCUCACAAACCACUCACUCGCCAACUACAACUACUUCACUACCACUCACACUUUCAACAUCCAACACAACAUUCACAACACUACCACUGUCCUCUGUAGUGACAACCAAUGCGUCCGAUUCCCAAUUCAACGGAUCUACAUCACAACUACCAACAUCGAAUCACAUUAAUUACACAACGUCAUCAACAACACAGUCCUCCACACUAACAACAUCACCGUCGGACACCUACACAGAUACAUCAACUCCACACUCACUACCAUCUGUCACACCAUCAACAACAUACACUCUCUCACAAACCACUCACUCGCCAACUACAACUACUUCACUACCACUCACACUUUCAACAUCCAACACAACAUUCACAACACUACCACUGUCCUCUGUAGUGACAACCAAUGCGUCCGAUUCCCAAUUCAACGGAUCUACAUCACAACUACCAACAUCGAAUCACAUUAAUUACACAACGUCAUCAACAACACAGUCCUCCACACUAACAACAUCACCGUCGGACACCUACACAGAUACAUCAACUCCACACUCACUACCAUCUGUCACACCAUCAACAACAUACACUCUCUCACAAACCACUCACUCGCCAACUACAACUACUUCACUACCACUCACACUUUCAACAUCCAACACAACAUUCACAACACUACCACUGUCCUCUGUAGUGACAACCAAUGCGUCCGAUUCCCAAUUCAACGGAUCUACAUCACAACUACCAACAUCGAAUCACAUUAAUUACACAACGUCAUCAACAACACAGUCCUCCACACUAACAACAUCACCGUCGGACACCUACACAGAUACAUCAACUCCACACUCACUACCAUCUGUCACACCAUCAACAACAUACACUCUCUCACAAACCACUCACUCGCCAACUACAACUACUUCACUACCACUCACACUUUCAACAUCCAACACAACAUUCACAACACUACCACUGUCCUCUGUAGUGACAACCAAUGCGUCCGAUUCCCAAUUCAACGGAUCUACAUCACAACUACCAACAUCGAAUCACAUUAAUUACACAACGUCAUCAACAACACAGUCCUCCACACUAACACCAUCACCGUCGGACACCUACACAGAUACAUCAACUCCACACUCACUACCAUCUGUCACACCAUCAACAACAUACACUCUCUCACAAACCACUCACUCGCCAACUACAACUACUUCACUACCACUCACACUUUCAACAUCCAACACAACAUUCACAACACUACCACUGUCCUCUGUAGUGACAACCAAUGCGUCCGAUUCCCAAUUCAACGGAUCUACAUCACAACUACCAACAUCGAAUCACAUUAAUUACACAACGUCAUCAACAACACAGUCCUCCACACUAACAACAUCACCGUCGGACACCUACACAGAUACAUCAACUCCACACUCACUACCAUCUGUCACACCAUCAACAACAUACACUCUCUCACAAACCACUCACUCGCCAACUACAACUACUUCACUACCACUCACACUUUCAACAUCCAACACAACAUUCACAACACUACCACUGUCCUCUGUAGUGACAACCAAUGCGUCCGAUUCCCAAUUCAACGGAUCUACAUCACAACUACCAACAUCGAAUCACAUUAAUUACACAACGUCAUCAACAACACAGUCCUCCACACUAACAACAUCACCGUCGGACACCUACACAGAUACAUCAACUCCACACUCACUACCAUCUGUCACACCAUCAACAACAUACACUCUCUCACAAACCACUCACUCGCCAACUACAACUACUUCACUACCACUCACACUUUCAACAUCCAACACAACAUUCACAACACUACCACUGUCCUCUGUAGUGACAACCAAUGCGUCCGAUUCCCAAUUCAACGGAUCUACAUCACAACUACCAACAUCGAAUCACAUUAAUUACACAACGUCAUCAACAACACAGUCCUCCACACUAACAACAUCACCGUCGGACACCUACACAGAUACAUCAACUCCACACUCACUACCAUCUGUCACACCAUCAACAACAUACACUCUCUCACAAACCACUCACUCGCCAACUACAACUACUUCACUACCACUCACACUUUCAACAUCCAACACAACAUUCACAACACUACCACUGUCCUCUGUAGUGACAACCAAUGCGUCCGAUUCCCAAUUCAACGGAUCUACAUCACAACUACCAACAUCGAAUCACAUUAAUUACACAACGUCAUCAACAACACAGUCCUCCACACUAACAACAUCACCGUCGGACACCUACACAGAUACAUCAACUCCACACUCACUACCAUCUGUCACACCAUCAACAACAUACACUCUCUCACAAACCACUCACUCGCCAACUACAACUACUUCACUACCACUCACACUUUCAACAUCCAACACAACAUUCACAACACUACCACUGUCCUCUGUAGUGACAACCAAUGCGUCCGAUUCCCAAUUCAACGGAUCUACAUCACAACUACCAACAUCGAAUCACAUUAAUUACACAACGUCAUCAACAACACAGUCCUCCACACUAACAACAUCACCGUCGGACACCUACACAGAUACAUCAACUCCACACUCACUACCAUCUGUCACACCAUCAACAACAUACACUCUCUCACAAACCACUCACUCGCCAACUACAACUACUUCACUACCACUCACACUUUCAACAUCCAACACAACAUUCACAACACUACCACUGUCCUCUGUAGUGACAACCAAUGCGUCCGAUUCCCAAUUCAACGGAUCUACAUCACAACUACCAACAUCGAAUCACAUUAAUUACACAACGUCAUCAACAACACAGUCCUCCACACUAACAACAUCACCGUCGGACACCUACACAGAUACAUCAACUCCACACUCACUACCAUCUGUCACACCAUCAACAACAUACACUCUCUCACAAACCACUCACUCGCCAACUACAACUACUUCACUACCACUCACACUUUCAACAUCCAACACAACAUUCACAACACUACCACUGUCCUCUGUAGUGACAACCAAUGCGUCCGAUUCCCAAUUCAACGGAUCUACAUCACAACUACCAACAUCGAAUCACAUUAAUUACACAACGUCAUCAACAACACAGUCCUCCACACUAACAACAUCACCGUCGGACACCUACACAGAUACAUCAACUCCACACUCACUACCAUCUGUCACACCAUCAACAACAUACACUCUCUCACAAACCACUCACUCGCCAACUACAACUACUUCACUACCACUCACACUUUCAACAUCCAACACAACAUUCACAACACUACCACUGUCCUCUGUAGUGACAACCAAUGCGUCCGAUUCCCAAUUCAACGGAUCUACAUCACAACUACCAACAUCGAAUCACAUUAAUUACACAACGUCAUCAACAACACAGUCCUCCACACUAACAACAUCACCGUCGGACACCUACACAGAUACAUCAACUCCACACUCACUACCAUCUGUCACACCAUCAACAACAUACACUCUCUCACAAACCACUCACUCGCCAACUACAACUACUUCACUACCACUCACACUUUCAACAUCCAACACAACAUUCACAACACUACCACUGUCCUCUGUAGUGACAACCAAUGCGUCCGAUUCCCAAUUCAACGGAUCUACAUCACAACUACCAACAUCGAAUCACAUUAAUUACACAACGUCAUCAACAACACAGUCCUCCACACUAACAACAUCACCGUCGGACACCUACACAGAUACAUCAACUCCACACUCACUACCAUCUGUCACACCAUCAACAACAUACACUCUCUCACAAACCACUCACUCGCCAACUACAACUACUUCACUACCACUCACACUUUCAACAUCCAACACAACAUUCACAACACUACCACUGUCCUCUGUAGUGACAACCAAUGCGUCCGAUUCCCAAUUCAACGGAUCUACAUCACAACUACCAACAUCGAAUCACAUUAAUUACACAACGUCAUCAACAACACAGUCCUCCACACUAACAACAUCACCGUCGGACACCUACACAGAUACAUCAACUCCACACUCACUACCAUCUGUCACACCAUCAACAACAUACACUCUCUCACAAACCACUCACUCGCCAACUACAACUACUUCACUACCACUCACACUUUCAACAUCCAACACAACAUUCACAACACUACCACUGUCCUCUGUAGUGACAACCAAUGCGUCCGAUUCCCAAUUCAACGGAUCUACAUCACAACUACCAACAUCGAAUCACAUUAAUUACACAACGUCAUCAACAACACAGUCCUCCACACUAACAACAUCACCGUCGGACACCUACACAGAUACAUCAACUCCACACUCACUACCAUCUGUCACACCAUCAACAACAUACACUCUCUCACAAACCACUCACUCGCCAACUACAACUACUUCACUACCACUCACACUUUCAACAUCCAACACAACAUUCACAACACUACCACUGUCCUCUGUAGUGACAACCAAUGCGUCCGAUUCCCAAUUCAACGGAUCUACAUCACAACUACCAACAUCGAAUCACAUUAAUUACACAACGUCAUCAACAACACAGUCCUCCACACUAACAACAUCACCGUCGGACACCUACACAGAUACAUCAACUCCACACUCACUACCAUCUGUCACACCAUCAACAACAUACACUCUCUCACAAACCACUCACUCGCCAACUACAACUACUUCACUACCACUCACACUUUCAACAUCCAACACAACAUUCACCACACUACCACUGUCCUCUGUAGUGACAACCAAUGCGUCCGAUUCCCAAUUCAACGGAUCUACAUCAGCAACUACCAACAUCGAAUCACAUUAA